AGCUUCCUCGAGACUGACGUCAGUCUUUGCCGUAAAGCCAGCGAAUCCAUCAAUCUCUCACUUUUCGGGGAAGGGAUCCAAAGAAGCCUUCGAACUGAGAAAGAGUACUAGUAUGGCGGCGUCAAUCUCUGUUGUUACGGUGUUGGGGGGAUACCGGUACCGGUAGAUGGCAUAAUAGAGAGACACUAUUGUAUGUGUGUGCCCAAAGGGGAAUCGCUUCAAGAGUGCAGGCGGUACCAGUAGCUAGCAGCAAACCGUUGAGAGCAUUGCAGAAAACCUUGGAAGCGACGUAAGAUAGCAACCACGCCACCCAAACCCUCAGUUUCCAACACGUCUUCUAUGAUUGUCGUUGUGUUGUGGUUUGUAUGAUAGCUGCAUAGACAAUUCCAUCCGUCGAUCUUGAGUCCAAAAUGAACCGUACAUGGAAGACGUCUGAAUUGCAGGAGCUUUCGGAUCUGCAUGUGCUUGCCAUUUCUCGAGCCUCCUUGCGAGCAGUGCAAGCUGUCUACAACCAAGAUCCACUGGAACUGACAAUCGCCGUCGUGGAGGACGCCUUUUGCUAUGGAGCAUCCGGCGAUGUUCUACGUUUUCUCUUCAAAAGAAAAGAACUGGAUGAAACUGAAAUCUGCGAGUUGGUGGCAAAGAGGUUCCUGGCGGCCAUACCUUUGCUGCAGACCGGUUCUACCGCUGCGCCCAGCAAGGUGGCAGAGACAAUGAUGAACCUCAACGACCUUGUGCACACAUUUCCAGAUAGACUGGUUCUAAGCAACGCUGGCCGCUUUUGUCCACUGGGCAUUGUCCUGUUAUCAAGCACAUUCCCACGAAACUUGUUGGACUCCAUGAUUGCAACAAUACCGCCCCGUACCCUCUUUUGUUUGCGUGGCAACAACGAUCUUCCAAGGGACGGACGAUUCCGCCAACAAAUCAGAACAUCUCUGGAUGAUCCCCGUUGCCUGAGAGCCAUUGGCGCCAUUCUGGAGAAGGUGGAGAAAUUCAUUUUACGCCGAUCUGAAAUGACAGAAGAAGAGGUCGUCAAGCUGCUCCUGUUGCUUUGUCGGAGCACCAAUGUCACUACGAAUGUGCACAUUUAUUCCAAUGCAAUCCAAGCAGCUGCAAGUGCCAGUGAUGAGCCAAUAGAAGAAAUACUUCGACCUGCCAAGGAAUUUUUGGAAUCGACUGGAGGAGAAUCCCCAAUCAAAACGUUCUCCAUCUCGUACAACCAUAUUCUGCAAGGACCUGAAUUCCCGCUCCAGAGCAUGUUAUUUACAUUAAAGCAUCUUGUUCGGUUGGACAUCUCCAUAAAGGACCCAUGGAAAGCUACAGGAGAGCUGUGCACAUCCCUCUGUGAUUUGAUAAAGCAGGGGAGACUUGAGGUACUAAAGGUGCAUGGUUCAACUGUGGAACAAGGGUUGUUCUGCAGCCUUCUGGAUGCUGUCAAUGAGAGUGCCUCUCUGACUCAGUUGAGACUCCAGGAUCUGAAGAAGCAUGUGGAGGUUGACGUCUACCACGACAAAAUGCUUAGGAUUCUUGAGCAAAACACACAAUUGAAAGUGGCUCUGAUCUGUGGUGACAUUGUCACUAGUGGCCAUCUGUUUGAAGACAGUGAUGACCAAAUGAGGGCACAUGUCAAUAGAGAAUGGUUCCUGGAUAGGACCAAAGGCAACAAUAAGCAGAGACGCAUUGAUUACCUGACACUGUUGAAUAUCUGUGGCCGUGGAGAGGUCAAAGCAGAGGGCACACAACUCAAAGACAUUGUUCACACUAUCUCUCUUGAAGCGAUGGGGGACAAAGUUGAUUUCCUUGGUUUUACGGGAGAGACAAGGAUGGACCUUAUUACCAUUUUGCGAUAUGGGCUGCUCCAUCAGCAGCCUGCAGCAUGGUUGGAACAGAAACCACAGCCAGUUGCUAAUGAUGACACAAAUUAGGCAGCAAGCACGGGGGAGGUUUUGGGUGCACGAAAACUGCAAGGCCACAUUGCCUCCAGCUGAGUCAUGAUGUUGUAGCGGGUGCCUCCCCUCUAGCAGCAAAUCUGACACAGUGUCAAGGCAUCUAUUUUUUGUUCUUUGAAAGCCUGAGGUUUUUGCCUACUAGUACUAGUAGUUGGAUGCCAUUUCUUUGCUCGAACUCAUGAAACACUAUUGGCAUGUGAGUCGGAUGAGUUCUCGAUCUUGCAUCAAGGCAGAGGAAGUCGCCUCGGUUACCUAGCUAGCUAUAUUGGCUCCUGAUUUGCUGAAUGCCUGCGC